GUUGAGGCGCUGCUGGGCCGCUGGGUUGACUUCAGCGGUAUCGCCUCCGUGGCCAAGCGCGCCAAGCGCACUGCGCUGUUGUUCAGCCGCUUUCGACCCGUGGAGCUGCCGGGGCACCUGCGCAGGCACGAGGACAUCGAGGACCUCACCACGCGCGACGGCAGCGGCAAGUUCACGGACGGCUGCGGCUACUGCUCGCUGGAGCUGGCCACCUACCUCACCAGGAAGCUGGACAUCCGGCACAGGGGGGAGCGCUACGUGCCCAGCGUGUUCCAGAUCCGCUACUUGGGCUACAAGGGUAUCGUGGUUGUCCAGCCCGGGCUAGACCGGCUGAACAGCUGCCGCCCGCCCGAGCAGCGAGUGCACCUGCAGCUGCGCAAGUCCAUGUGCAAGUUCAAGAUCCCCAAACCCAGCAGCAACAUUGCUACGUCAUCAGACGGAGGCGGAAGCGGAGGCGGCGCUGGGGCGAGCAGCAGCAGUGGCAACCCGCAGCUCGCAGCAGCAGACGCGGCGCGGCUGGUGUUCGGUGUGGUGGACUACUCGAGGCCGUACAAGUACGGAAACCUGAACAGCCAG